GGAAGUUACAGUGUGAGAGCGUGCUGGGAAGUAAAUCGCAUGUCAUUUUAAAGAAAUGCUCCAAAGAUGGCGGUGGUAGUAGCGACGGGAGUUUCGGGUGCCCCCGGAGUGCAAAAAAGUGGAUUUGUGGAGGUUUUGGUACGGGAGCGUUGGCACAAAGUUUUGGUCAACUUGAACGAGGAAGCGCUCAUGUUAAGCUGCGAGGAGAGCGGCGUCAACGGCAACAUGAACGACAAUGUCAACUCCAACGGCGUUUCCAACGGAUCCUACCUUGACAACAACAACGCCAACUCCAACAACGGUCCCCAGACUGUGCGCACCGCGUUCACGGACCUUCCGGAGCGAGUGCCCGAGGCGAUAGCCAACAGAAAGCGGUGCGUGCAGGUGACCAAGCAGGAGAUCGGGGGUCUCGGGAUCAGCAUCAAAGGGGGGAAGGAGAAUAAGAUGCCCAUCCUCAUCAGUAAGAUAUUCAAGGGGCUCGCAGCGGACCAGACCCAGGCUCUGUACGUCGGCGACGCCAUCCUGUCCGUGAACGGUACGAACUUGCGGGACGCGACCCACGACGAGGCAGUGCAGGCGCUGAAACGGGCCGGGAGAGAGGUGACGCUGGAAGUCAAGUACAUGCGCGAGGCUACGCCAUACGUGAAAAGGGGUUCUCCUGUGUCAGAGAUCGGCUGGGAAACUCCCCCUCCUGAGUCUCCCCGCAUUGGCUGCCAUCCAAUCACCGCGUUCUCCUCAUCUGACCCUCCGAGCCCCCCUACUCUGCUCUCCCUGUCUCUGCAGGGCGACAGAAGGUGCAUACCACUCAAGAUGUGUUAUGUAACCCGAGCCAUGACCACACCAGACCCUGAGAACAGACAACUGGAGCUACACUCCCCUGACGCCAGGCACACUGUGGUGCUGCGGUGCCCAGACCAACCGUCUGCCCUGUCCUGGUUCUCUGCCAUGCACUCUGUCACAUCCACACUGGCACAGAGGACACUGGCAGAGGUCAUCCAGAACACAGCCAGGAUGGGGAUUUCUGGCAGCAAAGAGAUACGACACCUGGGAUGGCUGGCAGGGAAGACAGAGAGCGAGAAGCAAUGCUGGAGGCCAGUGCUGGUGGUAGUGACUGAGAAAGACCUGCUGCUUUAUGACAGUUUACCACGAGGCAAGGAAGCCUGGCAGAGCCCUGCACACAUUUAUCCACUUUUAGCAACACGUCUGGUCCACUCUGGUCCUGACCGGGGGUCCCCUCACUCUGGCACGGAGCUGUACUUUGCCACUCGGACUGGCACACGACUUGGCAUCGAGACUCAACUGUUCCGUGCUGAGACCACCAAGGAUCUGUCCCUGUGGACCAGACACAUAGUCAACGGAUGUCACGCCUCAGCUGAGAUGAUCAAGGAAGUCACUACGAGUUGUCUGUACCAGGGUCAGGAGUGCCGACUGGUGAUUCACUACGAACAGGGCUUCUCUGUGCUGGCUGACCCCAAACUGGCAGAUGGAGAGAAUGGGGAGGAGAGAGGAGAUCACACUCCUACAACGCCCAGAGUGCUCCUCUCCUACCCUUACGAAAAACUAAAGAUGUCCUCGGACGACGGCAUUCGCAUGCUGUUCCUCGACUUUGGAGGGAAGGAGGGGGAGAUUCAACUGGACCUCCACUCGUGUCCGAAGCCAAUCGUCUUCAUCCUCCACUCCUUCCUCUCUGCUAAGAUCUCUCGCCUGGGUCUGGUGGCCUGACAGCCUCUAGAAAGGGACAUUUCACCUCCUUUGAAAACAGAAAUUCAAUUUCUUUCUCCCCCUAUCUGCAGCCUGCAUGCAGUACACAAUGUCAAACUCCUUCAGUCAGGGACCCAAGCUGAGUGAAUGUAGCUUCUUUCUGGAAAUUGGGCUUUUUUGUGUCUCUAACUCUAAAUUAAAGAAACACUGGAGAAACCAAUCCAGAUUGGUUUUGCUUAGAGUGAUAUGGACAGAUUUUUUUUUUUUAGUUUUUGGGACAAACCCCUCCUUUAAAUGCCUCAUGGACUGAAGUGUUGACUGAAGAACCUCAGAAGAAAACAUGGACUGGAGUAGAUGCAGAGGGAUGAUAUAUAUAUAUAUAUAUAUAUAUAUAUAU